UGGGGGGCUGUGGGGCAGCAGUGGGGUUUGCCCUCACCUCCGUCUCUCCCCUCUCCAGGCCUGUCCGGGAACCCGACCGACCUGGAGAAGAGGCGGCAGGUCUUCGGCCAGAACUUCAUUCCUCCCAAAAAGGCCAAGACGUUCCUGCAGUUAGUGUGGGAGGCACUCCAGGACGUCACGCUGAUCAUUUUGGAAAUCGCAGCCAUAAUCUCCCUGGGCCUGUCCUUCUACCACCCUCCAGGCGGUGACAAUGAGCUGUGCGGCCAGUCGGCGGGCGGCGUGGAGGACGAGGGCGAGUCGCAGGCCGGCUGGAUCGAGGGGGCGGCUAUCUUGUUUUCGGUGAUCAUCGUGGUGCUGGUGACCGCCUUCAAUGACUGGAGCAAGGAGAAGCAAUUCCGGGGCCUCCAGAGCCGCAUUGAGCAGGAGCAGAAGUUCACGGUCAUCCGCAAGGGGCAGGUGAUUCAGAUCCCGGUGGCCGAGAUCGUGGUGGGAGACAUCGCACAGAUCAAGUACGGUGACCUCUUGCCAGCAGAUGGGAUCCUGAUCCAGGGCAAUGACCUGAAAAUAGAUGAGAGCUCGCUGACCGGGGAGUCAGACCAAGUCAAGAAAUCGCUGGAUAAAGACCCCAUGCUGCUGUCGGGUACCCAUGUGAUGGAGGGCUCCGGCAGGAUGGUGGUGACUGCCGUGGGUAUCAACUCCCAGACGGGAAUCAUCUUCACUCUCUUGGGUGCAGGAGAAGGAGACGAGGAAAAGAAGGUGAAGAAAGGUAAGGAGAUCCACUGA